UCUGCGGCAGUUAGCCGGGUGUAUCGGUGCGCGAACCACUGAGCUCAACUCCGAACUUACGAACUUAUUUACGAUAAACUUUCGAACAUAUACAAUAUUUAUAUUGUUUGUGUCUCGCAUGAACGCAGUUUAAAUUAAUGUGAUUGACAAGAACUCUAUUUAUAAUGUCUGUAAUGUGAACAUUAUAAAUAUUUGUGAUAAAGUUUUCAAAACUCUCCAGAUGAAGAUGACUGUAAAUCGUAUAAGAGUUGUGGUGCUUGGAAGCCCGCGAAGUGGAAAAUCUGCUGUGGUGGUGCGUUAUCUCACCAAGCGGUAUAUCGGGGAAUACAGCUCAACCGGCGAUUUUCUUUACCAGCACCGCGUCGCGUUCGAUGGGGCUGUAUCUGAAGUAGAAAUACUUGACACUUCCAAUUGUGCGAUACGUGGCUGCCUGCUCGAUCAUGUCCGGUGGGGAGAGGCAUUCGCUGUUGUGUACUCUGUAUGCGAGAGGCGGUCGUUCCUCGCCGCCGCUGAACUGCUAGCACUUCUGGAACGAACGAGGCUUCCAGGUUGUGCAGCCGUCACUCUCUUGGGCAAUAAACGAGACCUCGAACACGCCAGGGAGGUCCACGCAGAAGAAGGCCAAGAGCUGUCGUUGCGCUUCGGCUGCCAGUUCUACGAAGUAUCUGCAGCUGAGUCCAGCGCCGGCGCAGCUCUCGCCUUCCAUGCAUUGCUCAGAGAGGCUCGCUCACUAGCAUUACUGCUUCCAGCACCAAGAAGAAAAUUAGCCGCCUAUUCAGUCUCCAAGGUAAUUGGGACAAUAUUUGGCAAGAACAGCAAAAGUGUGCGAAAGAAGCGACCGUCAUUAAGUAUUUGAAAUUAUUUAUUUUAUAUUAUAACUUAAAAUCUAUAGACUGCGUUAGAAUAAGUAACGGGUUGUACAGCUAUAAAACCUAUCAAAAUAUUCUAUAAAAAUAUUUAACGAAUUAAUAUUUUUAUCAUUUAAAAUGUAUUUUUGCCAGGUUUUAUAAUUUAAGCCCCGAAUAUUUUAUGAAAUUGUGAUAAUUAUGUAUCUCAUACUUUAAGGAGGCUAUAACUAUAAUAUAUUUUAAGGCUUGAAUUUCACCUUGUAGGUUGAGAGACGACAAUAACAUGCUCGGCCGGGUAGCUCUCAAGAUUAAAAUGAUACUAAUAUCCAAAUAAGAAAUCCCAUUUGACACAUUUAUAUCCUCAGAUUAAGGAUUGGUCUCCGCUGCAGUCCGACUAGAUACCGCAGUACUUAAGAACAAAAGCUUUUUUAUUAUGGCAACUAUUAGAUGCUUGUGUGCGUGGCAUCUUAACACUCAAUGGCAUCUUUCAAAUUUUGUAACAUACGCUUCGUGUAUUUUACAUUGAUAUUAAUAAAAAACAAAAUACUGACUGAUAUGUGAUCCUAGUGUCUUUCUUAUUUCUUGUAGUAUUAUUUUUACAAAGUUUUACUACGUUUUAGUUUCAAUCUUAAGCAAAGUUUAACAGAACAUGUGGCACGUCAACGUCACACAUUGUUGGAGACUAGCUGGAGUACGCCCACUUGGGCGUAGUAUUAGUUGCCGAACUUUGCGAUUACGCCUGCGGUAUCUAGUUGGUGCGCAGCGGAGACCAAUCCUUAAUUUAAGUGUAUAUUUUAAAAAACUUCAAUCUUGUAAAAUAUUAUGAAAAUCAACUGAUUUUGUUUAAUGUCCCGACAGAUUGAUGAUUUCAAGGUAAAUAAAUUGUGUUGUUGUUACGAAAAUAUGUCGCCGCAGAACUAUCAUACUGAAAAUCAAAUGUGCGAAAGCAAUUUUUGAGAUUUUUUACAGUUUCUUUGGGUUUUCCUUUAUAAAUUUCAUACGGGCGCAUUAAAAUAUCAUUGCUUUUGUGGCGAACGACGUAGCGGCGGACUAGUUUUGUAUUUCAACUAUCCAUCUUGCUUGAAUUAUUUAAAACUAGCUGACCCGGCAGACUUCGUACCGCCUCAAUCGAUAAAAGACCUAAACUUUUGUAUAAAAUAAACUUAAAACAAACAAAAGGAGUUCUUUUUUAAGUGUUUUUUACUACCUUUAUUUCACUACCCGUGUUUUAAGGAAGUUUAUUUUUUACCUCCUGAGAAACUUAGAAAGAUAUAAAAAUUCAUUUUACACUAUUAUUUUUAUUUGAUUCCGAGUAUUUUCAUAUUUAUUCAACCUUUUAAACCUUCUCUGGACUUCCACAAAUAAUUCAAGACCAAAAGUAGCCAAAUGGGUCCAGCCGUUCUCGAGUUUUAGUGAGACUAACAAACAGCAAUUCAUUUUUAUAUAUCUAUAUAGAUGUUAUCUGUCAAAUGGGACCUUGUAUUUGGAACGGACAGACAGAUAGUUGCAGAAAGCAUCUUUAAAGUUAAUGUUUCAUUAAAUCACACGCUAUCUUUGACUGUCAAAAUGAAAAAGAAAGUGACGGUAUUAUAUUUAAUGAAACAUUAACUUUAAGGAUGUUUUCUGUAACUAGCGGUAUAUAUUAUUAACAAUAAUCGUCCAACGGUGUUAUAUUGUAGUUAAAAAUUACCGUAAAAAUUAUGAUUUCUAAUUAAUUUGUUUGUUGCUAAUUAUCAUCUUAGAUUCUAUCUGGCUUUGCUAUUUAAAACUCGAGCAUUUACUUAAACUGAAACAGGGCUAAUAAUGUUUUGUGAAAUUAGACAAAAUAAUAGAGUGUUUAACCGAUUUGAGACGCAUUUAUUUAAAUUAUUUUGAACUGGCCCUAAGUACUUAUAAUUUUGACGUCUGGUGGACGAGUCUAAUGUUUUGUGGGUUGCCAGCUCAAUUUGUUAUGGACCUAAUUGUAAAGAAGACAAUCUUAACCAUUAUGAGAUUACUUCUAGUGUAAAGUGUGAGAGACUCUUAUUUUUUGUUACAUGUGCGUCGUCUCCUUUUGUUUGUAUUUCAAGGGCAAAAAUAUAUGGCAAAACAAUUUUGAGUUUAUAAUUUAUUUUUGCAAUAUCGAAAGAUUUAUUAAGGAGAUACAUUAAAAAUAGAUUGAAGCGGUAAAGGCGUGACUUUGUAAUCGACGUAAGCAUAAACAAACAAACUAUUUUCAAUAAAUAAUUAUGUAUCAAUUUAUAAGUGAUUAUUACUUGAUGUAUUAAACUACAGGUAUUCUAUUGUCGAGUGAUAAAACGCUGAAAAGCGUGUCACAAUGGUCUAUCUAUCACAGGGUUUUUUUCUAAAGAGAAAAUUUAUUUAAUCAUGUUUCGGCUAUUACUUGAAAGAAUACAAUCAUUUAAAAAAAAGAACAAAUUUAGCACAUUAGAUAGACUUUGAGCAACUCACGCACACUAACACAAAGUGUCAUACAAUUCGCGAGUUUAAGACGUAGCUUGUCACGCAUAAUAAACUAAAUAUCCGGACGACCGAGCCUUGCUCGGAUUUUUAAAAAUGUACAAAACUUGAACAAAAAAAAAACUAAUAGGACAUCUGGAUUCGAACCGGGGUCUUCUGCUUUCCGGAUCACCCAAUGUCCCAUCUGAGCUAUAAUAGUCUUGUAUAUAGUGGCGAAAUUUACCUUUGUAUUCUAAUGUUAUUGUAGCUGUUUCUCAUUCAAACAUGGAUAAAACCAUUUUUUUUAAUUGAAACCUAGCUAGAUCGAUUUAUCACCCCCGAAAUCCCCUGCAUACUUAAUUUUAUGAAAAUCGUUGGAGCCGUUUCCGAGAUUCAGAUUAUAUAUAUAUAUAUAUAUAUAUAUAUAUACAAGAAUUGCUCGUUUAAAGAUAUAAGAUAAGAUAUUCCUGGCCUGUUUUUAUCGGUUGCCAAACAGAAAGAGACUAUAUCUAGACGUAUAAAUUAUCUUAGCAACCAGACCAGUUGUAGCAGAUAAUAAUUAAAAAUAAACGUGAAUAUUUUGAAGUUUGCCCUUCGAUGACAUAGGUACUUGUGAAUAAAAAUGUAUUAUUAAUUGUAAAUAUAGAUAAUAGUAAACCUCGCAUUAAAUGUAUAUUAACUUAAGAAUAGUAUAUAAUGUACAAAGAUUAUGAAAAAUGUUUUAUUACGAGACUACAAAUAUAUUAAAUAUCCGAUAAAA